UAUUAAUGCGCUUGUAAUAAAAGUUUUCAUAAUUUUCUUUCCUCGUCGAGGAAAGAGGUUGUUGUAGUCCUGACAGUCGAGCACUGAAAUCUGACAUGAUUUCCUCUCGUUUCUCCUUGCUGUUCGUCUGUUUUGCCGUUCUCCUUGUAACGUGCUUGGCUGACGAAGAUGACAUCGAUACAAAUGCCAACACUGUUACAAUUCGGGGAUAUGACACUUCAGUCAGAAUAGAAGGCAACACAGGAAAAAUAAAGGCAGUUCAUUUUGACAAGGAUGAUGAUGAUGAGGAAUUGGAGGAAGAGGACUUCGACGACGACGAUGAGAUGCUAACAUUUCAAGUUGACUCUAUGGAAGAAAAAGAUUCGAAUGGAAAUGUGGUCGGUCUUACCGGUCCCACACAAAAGAAACAUGCAUUAACCUCCUUGGUAACUCAAAUUCAAAAGUUCACCUUCUCGUCGUUGGAUAACUCUACAACUUAUCAAGGACUCCCUGUCAAACGUAUCAACUUGUCUGUUUCCCUGGCUGGUCCUCAAGCAAACCUAGAAAUUCAGGUGGUACUAUUUCUGAAGUCAGGAAAAAUCAAAUUUGGAAACGAGUCAUUUAAUGUUCGAAGUGGAACUUUCAAAUUUAAUAUCAAAGUUAGUGACUGGCAGUUCUGCGGCAUGAACUCUGAUGUGUGCAGAAAUGAUACUACUGGUGCAAACGAAAUAGGUCAGUUCCUUGAUGUCGGAAUGAGCAUCAGAAGCGUGGCAGAGGAACCCGAAGAAGUGGAUGACGAUGAGCUACCAGGAGAAGACAUUUGUGUUCCUGAUGAUCCCAAUGAUAAAGACGACUGUCCUAAAAUAUUCAACAUGGGUGGAAACUCAGAAAUGGUGCUCAAUAAAGGGGCUUUAACAGGAAACAACGAAUACGUUCUAUUUCCACCAGGCUUUCCAAAGUUCGAGCGUAACGGAAUGGUGAAAAGGUUCGUGUUCCGCGUCCCUAGGUUCAACAACACGAUACUAAUCGAUCCCAGCGUCAAUGUUGGCACAAUGAAAAUCAGCAAAUCAGGAGCAAGGCACAGUGCUGUAGAAUCUCCUCUUUUCUUCUCUAUUGUUUUGUUGCUGUGUAAGCUUGUGGCUCACUAAUUACAAGUGAGGAAAAAACUGUGGGAGGCUGUGGACGCUGGUAGUAAUACUUUAAUAAAUUUGCUUUAUUUGCUUCAUUGUAAAGAAAAUGAUUUAAACCUGAUAAUAACAGUCGAUCGGUAAGCGCACUCAUGCCGCUCCAGAUAGUUCUUAAAAAAUGGCCGUUUUCGGUGGGAGAGACAGAUGUUUCAAAAAUAUAGUUGGAAGCCAUCAUCAGAGUUAUGUGAGGAGGUUGUGGUCAGUCGAAUGUUUUGAAUCUUGGCUGAGAGACCUUGGUAGCGUUCAUCUGUCGACCGUACUUUUCCAGACUACCCUUACCCGGAGGAUCACACUACACGAUCAAUUGUUUUAAUAUGAUUUUCUAGGAAUUCCAAUUCACAUCUAUAAGAAAUGCUCAAUAUGCACUCUGCAGCUCAGAUUAAAAUGCACGAGCAUGGGUAAUAUUCAGACUUUUUAUUACAAUAAAAAGUGAUAUUUGAAAAUUCUCUAACAGCCAGAUAUUUACGCCUUAGGCUAGCUUAUAAGCAAGUAAGCUGUCUUCAGCUCAAAAACUUAAGAGUACCCCUUGAGAUAGCGUGUCGAGUUUUUUGAGAAUUUUGUAAUAUUACCACAUUGUACUUGUUUGACUGAAUUACGAAAAUUAACAGAUGUCCAGCUAACCGCUGGACAUCUGUUAAUUUUUGAGCGAGUAAGAUGAAUUCGUUUUUCAUUCAAACUUUUUCAUGCAAAAGCAGCCUAAUUGACGCUUGCUGAAAGUUGAAAACUAAUUAGUUGUUCACUCUCAAUAAAGGUUGCUCUCCAACGCUUAAAGUCUCCCAUCCUAUUUUAGGGGGAAGGUUAUUGAUUGUUUAUUUCGGGUAAGCAUGAAAUAAACUCUUUUAUUUCUGCAAUUUAGUUUAAUCUAGAGUACAUAUAAAUUACUUUUUGCUGAAACGGAUAAGGUAUCAAAUAAAGUUCUGGUUGCAGGCGACCAAUAAUUUUUAGGUGCAUUGAAAAUCUUUACAGCGUUGCAACAAUUGUAUUCACUUGAAAAAGCUGUGUAUUGAGUAGAAUGCUAAAAUAUCAGAAUAUUUGUUCGCAAUAGUCUUUUAA